CAGAAAUAUAAACGAAGAAGAACGCUAACCGGAAAUGCAGCGGCAGCCAUCAUGCGUUGCCAUUUGCUAAAGCGCGACUAAAAAACGCGAAUGUAGACUCUUGUCUUUGGUGUUUGUACACUAUUUUCUAUCUCCACAAAGAAAAUGCCACAGUGUGUAGCAUACGAUUGUUCCAAUAAGUCUGGGAGAAGCUCUACAUGCACAUUUCAUCGAUUCCCGAAGGAUGAAAAAAUGUGCAGAGAGUGGGUCCAAGCGUUGAGGAGGAAGAACUUCACGGCGACGCCCGGUGUCACAUUGCUCUGUAGCGACCAUUUCCUGGAAGCCGACUUUGACCGAAGUGGCCAGACGACUCGGCUCAAGCAAGGCGUCAUACCGAGCGUCUUUAAAUUUCCUCUAUGGCUGCAAAAGAAACUGAAGGUGCGGAAAGCCGACAAACCCAUUUCGCCCGAACCCCAACCGGACUCGAAAGCCGCCGCGGUGUCGGCGACGCGACUUUCCGCGCCGGAUCACAACUACUGCCUUGACCCCGACCCCCGAAAGGUGAAGCGCAAGCUGGACAGCGCCCAAGACACCAUCAGAAGCCUUCAGAGAAAAAUGAAGGUUUCUCAUCAGAAAACGCGACGUUUGAGGAGAAGGGUGGAGAGCUUGACGAGCAUUUUGAAAGACCUGAAGAGCAACGGCAAGGUUUCGGCCGAUAGCGCCCAGAUUCUGGCUUCGACCUUUCUGGAGUCCUUCACACUCUCCUUAAUUGAGGAGUCGACCGACGGCCAAUUGCCGACUUGACUCGAGACAGCUUGCGCCGGAUUCCUCGCUUGGUGGCAUGCAAAAAUUGUUGUUCACUGCUGCUUUCAGUUUUAUAAGCUGUGAGAUGUACUCAAACUCACAAAAGGCACAAUAAUAGACUUUCAAAUGUAAACAGAAUGACUUGUCAUGUCAUUGAAUUCAAGUCAAACUAAGUCUCAUGGAUGCCAAGUCAGCUUGAGUCAAGAUUUUGUCGUAAAAAUAGCAACUUAACCCGGGUCAAGUUGAUCCGUUUGGAAGAUGUAGAAAUUAAUAAAUUCAACUUUGUCUCCUA